AUGCUGCUGUACGUUAUUUUGGGAUUGCUUAUACAUUUGGUGUUCUUCGCCUCUAUCUUUGACAUUUAUUUUACAUCUCCUUUGGUUCAUGGAAUGACUCCUCAGUUUACGCCAUUGCCUCCCCCAGCAAAAAGAUUAGUGCUGUUUGUUGCUGAUGGCCUGCGAGCAGAUAAACUUUAUGAAUUAGAUGAAAAUGGAAAUCCUAGGGCACCAUUUAUUAGGAAUAUCAUAAUGCAUGAAGGCAGCUGGGGGAUAUCUCACACACGUGUGCCAACUGAAUCUCGGCCAGGCCAUGUAGCCCUGAUAGCAGGGUUUUAUGAAGACGUCAGUGCAGUUGCCAAAGGAUGGAAGGAAAAUCCUGUAGAAUUUGAUUCUCUUAUUAAUGAAACCAGGCACACAUGGUGCUGGGGGAGCCCAGACAUCUUGGCUAUGUUUGCCAAAGGUGCUAGUGGAAACCAUGUUUUUGCACAUAAUUAUGACGCUUACAGUGAGGAUUUUGGUGCCCAGGAUGUAACAAAACUGGAUACCUGGGUUUUUGAUAAUGUGAAGGAAUUCUUUCAUGCUGCCAGAAACAACCAAUCUUUGUUUUCUAAACUAAAUGAAGACAAAAUAGUUUUUUUCUUACAUUUAUUAGGAAUAGAUACAAAUGGACAUGCUCACCGACCAUCGUCAAGGGAAUAUUUGAACAAUAUUAAAAUAGUUGAUGAGGGAUUGAAACAAAUUGUGUCUACUCUUAAAGAUUUUUACGGAAGUGAUGGGAAAACAGCAUUUAUCUUUACUGCUGACCAUGGAAUGACAGACUGGGGUUCCCAUGGAGCUGGUCAUCCUUUAGAAACUUGUACUCCUUUUGUCACUUGGGGAGCUGGAAUCAAGUAUCCUCAAAAAGUGUUAGCUCAGAAAUUUGAUGAUACAUAUUUGCAAGAAUGGAAAUUGGAGAACUGGAAGAGACAAGAUGUCAAUCAGGCUGAUGUUGCACCACUGAUGGCUGCUCUUAUUGGAGUUCCCUUCCCUCUUAAUUCAGUGGGAACCCUUCCUGUGGAUAUACUUAACAGCACUGAUCUCUUCAAAGCAGAGAGCAUGUUUACAAAUGCAGUACAGAUUCUUGAACAGUUCAAGGUGAAAAUGGCUCAGAAAAAAGAAGCUACUUUACCAUUUUUGUUCACACCAUUUCACUCGCUUUCUGAUUCUAAACAGAUCAACAUUUUAAGAAAAGCAAGAUCUUAUAUAAAACAGAAAAAGUAUGAUGAAGCAGUCUCCCUUUGCAAGGAGCUGAUUAAUCUUGCAUUGAAAGGAUUGUCCUAUUAUCACACUUAUGACAGAUUCUUUUUGGCUUUCAAUGUCGUUCUUGGUUUUGUGGGAUGGACAUCUUAUGCUUCUUUGCUGAUCAUCAAGUCUCACUGCAACCUUACCAGAGCUGUUAGUAAAGAAGUCAAGAAACCAAGCCAUCUCCUGUCAUGUAGUUUUAUAGCUGUUGGCGUUUUACUAGCACUUUUCCUGCUNAUUCAAGCCUGUCCCUGGACUUACUACAUAUAUUGCUUGUUGCCACUGCCAGUAUGGUAUGCGGUUCUGAGAGAAUUUCCAGUUAUUCAAGGCUUGGUCACAUUACUGUUGACCUUCCCUCCAAGUCAUUUUGUUGGAUACCUGUUACUCUUUAUCCUGGGAGUUGAAGUAUUAGUUCUCAGUUUUUUCUACCGCUAUAUGCUUACAGCUGGACUCAUUGCAUUUGCAGGUUGGCCAUUUAUCACUCCACUGUGGACUCGAGCAAAGAGCACCUCACUGAGUUGGAUUUUCUUCUGUUUGCUCCUGGCAGUGUUCCCACUUAUGCCUGUUGUAGGACGAAAGCCAAAUAUCUUUCUAGUAGUGGGUGCAGGCUUGCUGGUUCUUCUGCUAUCCCUGUUUGUUGUAACAUCUGUCUUAAAAAGAAAAGAUAGUUUUGUAAAUGAAGAGCUGGUGUUACAUCUAUUACAGAUGCUAAGCACCGUGCUUUCCAUGUGUGUUGUGUAUGGCACUCAUAGUAGUCUACUCAAGAAACAAGGACUGCCUCUUAUUAAUCAGGUUGUUAGCUGGAUAAUAUUAGCCUCUUCCUUCAUCGUGCCUCUACUGAGUCCUCUGAUUCUCUUUGAUCGGCUGUUUAGCAUUCUUGUUUCCUCAAUGUCGACCUACCUACUUCUAAGCACGGGGUAUGAAGCUCUCUUCCCGUUAGUAUUGUCAUGUUUGAUGUUUGUCUGGAUACACAUGGAACAAGAAACCCUGCCACAAUCUGUUGUUUUCUGUAAACAGAAGGUCUCCAGUAUCCAAUUCAUCUAUAAUACUGAUAUAACCCAGUUUCGAGACCUCUAUCUGGAUGACAUCCGUAGGGCCUUUUUCCUUGUUUUCUUCUUAAUGACAGCCUUUUUUGGAACUGGGAAUAUAGCUUCUAUUAACAGCUUUGACCUUGCCUCUGUCUAUUGCUUUCUGACUGUGUUUAGUCCUUACAUGAUGGGAGCCCUGAUGAUGUGGAAGAUUUUAAUCCCCUUUGCUCUUGUGAUGUGUGCUUUUGAAGCUGUUCAGUUAACUACCCAGUUAUCAUCAAAAAGUCUUUUUCUCAUGGUUAUCAACAUAUCAGACAUCAUGGCUUUGCAUUUUUUCUUCUUGAUCAAAGAUUAUGGCAGCUGGCUUGACAUUGGAACAAGCAUCAGCCACUACGUGAUUGUCAUGUCCAUGACCAUCUUUCUGGUGUUUCUCAAUGGCCUGGCACAGAUGCUCACAACAAAGAAACUCAAACUGUGUGGCAGACCCAAAAGCCACCUCAUAUGA